AUGGACGCCGUGCUGGUGCUGCUCCUGGGCUUGCAGGCCUUGGCUGGACAUGACCUGAAGCCCCAGAAGAGCUCCAUUCCAGAUUGGGCCAUCGUGCUAAUCACCCUCACGCUGGUGGCUGCAAUUGUUGGCCUGAUGUACGGGGUCAAGAUGCUUGCUGUGCCAUGUGUGGGCAUCCUGAAGCACCUGCCUGUGCAGCAGUGGCUGUGUACCCAAGGAGCACCUACAGAGCAUGAAGAAAGGACAACAUCAGCCCACAGGGAUAUGACAGAAACCCUAACAAAGGCCACAGAAACCCUCCAAAAAACCACAUUAACCACAGAGGAAACCACAAAUGGCUCAGAGAAGUCUACAGCACACCCAAGCAAUACCAAGGCAGACACAGAAACCACAACAUCCCCAAGGAAGUCCACAGAAAGUCCUGACAAGACAGCAGCUGCCACAGAAACACCAAGACCUGUAGUUAGGACUACAAGGAACACAUCCACGACAACAUCCUGCUUAAACAGAACUGUGGUUACCCAUCCAGCACUCAAUAAUUCUUUCCCCAGCGCCACAUCUAGAACGGAUCCCAGUUCCGGCACAUCACAAGUUACAGGCCACACGAUCCAGGAUAAGGUCACACAGGGAGGUCUGCAGGCCACAGAAACGGAAGGGGAGGAUCCAUUUCCUGCCUGGGCCAUAGUCAUCGUGGUUCUGGUGGCUGUGAUUCUUCUGCUCAUGUUCCUUGGCCUGGUUUUCUUGAUCUGCUACUUGACUCGAACACGCCAUGCACGGACCCAGGACGCUGAGGACAACGAGCCAGAUGAUGAUGGGGGCCCCAACUCCUACCCAGUCUACCUGAUGGAGCAGCAGACUCUGGGCGGGGGCCAGAUCCCCUUCCCGCGAUGA